AUGCCUCCAAAGGCUUCGACGUCGGCUGCAGGGGGCCCAGGGGCUGCGGCGGGAGGAAACGCGAAGAAGCUCAGUCCGCUGGAGCUCAAGUUGCUCAACGUCGGCCUCAGCGUGCGCGGCGGGGAGAUCAGCCAACAGGACCUGUUCGCUCAGUGCGGCUUGAGUGUGAACCAGGCCUCGGGCGAUGCGGUCAACUCGCUGCUACGAAAGGGUCUCGCCCAGAUGCUCCGGACUCCCAGCGGCCAGAUCUUGUUCCGCUUCAUGGGCAAGGAGGAGGCAAAGGCGAUGAGUUCGAUGGACAGCGAGGAGAAGCUGGUGUUGGACCACAUCAAGGAGGCGGGGAACAUGGGAAUCUGGAGCCGGACGCUGAACGCAAAGACGGGCUUGCCGCGCGCGACGGUCGAAAAGGCGCUCAAGGUCCUCGAGGGACGCAAGACGAUCAAGCGCGUCAAGUCGGUCAAGGCUCCGACUCGCAAGAUCUACAUGCUCGCGGGCAUCCAGCCCUCGGUGGAGCUGACGGGCGGUCCUUGGUUCACGGACAACGAGCUCGACACGGAACUGGUCGAGCAGCUCAAGAAGAUUGUUCAGAAGUUCCUGCAGCAGAGGUCCAUCCCGCCCUCGAUCCAGAUCCACGCACCUUCCGCCGACCCCUCCUCAUCCACCUCGCAAACCCAGAAAUUCCGCCCCAUCUUCCCCACCACCGCCACCCCCUUCCUCCCCUCGGUCGACGACGUCCUCACCUUCAUCACCCAGCUCGGCGCGACAGUCGUCGAACUCCACCCCGAGCACGUCGAGGCAUUGCUCGACUUGAUGAUCUACGAUGGGGUGGUGGAGAAGGUGCUCGUCCAGCGGAACCCGACGAUCCCCGCCCCUCGCGACGGGAAGAAGGGAAAGGCGAAUGGGAAGGGGAAGGGAAAAGCUUCGGCGAGUUCGAAGCGGAAAAAGGGCGCCGAGUCGAGCGACGAGGAUGCGUCAGACUCGGACGAGGGAUCUUCGCCGAAGAAAGGCAAGGGCAAGAAGGCGAUCAGGCAGGCGAAUGGCAAGGCGAAGCGGAAACGGGCCAAGUAUGAUUCGGACGCCGAAUCGGGUGCGGACUUUUCGGCGACGGAGGACGAGGACGAUGCGAAGGCGAAGCGGAAACGGAAGAAGAAGCAGAAGGCCGGGAGCGACGAGGAGGACGAGGACGACGAUGCGCCGCGGCGGAAGAAGCGCGGCAAGAACAAGGUCAAGCGGAGCUCGUCGGACAGCGAGCAGGAAGACUCGGACGACGAGCGCAACGGGAGCGCGUCGUCGGCGAGCGAGGACGACGUCAAGGUGGCGAGACGUUCAGGCGGCCAGGCCGAAGCAGACGAGGAGACGCACUUUGUCUACCGCCUCGUCCGCCCGUACGCGCCCGUCAUCGGCUGGACCGACAUGCCGUGCGGGCGCUGCCCCGUCGAAGAGUUUUGCUCCGAGCCGCCUCGCCUGCGCGCCGCGUCGUACCGCCGCCCGACGCAGCUCGCCGCCAACCCAGCGAACCCGAACAAGCUCGCCUCGUCCGUCGCCGCCCCCGCUCACGCCGGCCAGCCGACGACGCGCAUCGAGCUCGAGGGCGGGAUCCAGGGAGUCGGCAUGCUGGGCGGCGCAGGUGCGGCGAUUGGCGUGUCGGAUGCGAAAUGGGGAGAACUCAAGGGCGGCGUCGACUACGGCGUUGCGCCCGUCAACCCGGUCGACUGCCCCUACUUCAAGACGUACCUCGACUUCUAA